UCUUCUGCGACCUGGGGCCGUAGCACCGCUAUUUCAGAGGCCUCGCCACGAUCGCGCUCUUCAUUUCGCGUUCGCCCGUCUUUUGAGCGACUCUCCGCUGGCUGGAAAACCAUCGCCGAAGAGUUGGACUAAUUUUUCGCAGUUGAAACCGCGCCGAAAAAGUUUAUUUCUUGUGAUUUGAGUGUUUUUUGAAUUGAGAAAAGUUUCGGGAAAUGUUGUUGAACGGUUAAAGGAUUCUAAGAUGAACAACGUUCUGGAGACUUUUAUGUUUCUUUAUGUCAUAUAAUGAAGUGAGACUUUUUUCUGGAAGACUAUAAAAAUACGGAGUUUUAAGUAAAUUUGGUUCAAUAUUUGAAAAACAAUAGGAGGAAAUCAUGUAUUUUUAUCGACAUUGCAUCGUUUCCGUGCUUCUGAUAGUCCUCCUUCUUCAAGUACUACAAGCCCGUCCACAAACCAACACCAGAAACCACGAUUUGAUGAAGAGACUCGGCUUGCAGAAGAUCCGCAGUCCCAACACUCAUCACAGAAAACGUCUGGCGGUUGAAUCGCGCCAUCAGAGUCGAUCGGACGAUUCACACAUGUUCAUCAUCAAACUACCACCUAAUCCUCACUAUUACACAGUGAACAGACCCAAUAACUUCUUACCAGAAGCCACAAAAGUACCCGUAGGUUUCAAAAGUAACGGAAAACCUGCUAAAAUCUACCACUGGAACCUCCCCGUCCUGAAGAAGAUAGUCGAGUCGCACGAGAAACGUCGUACCGAUGAUAUAGACAUAGAUUUCGAUAAGCCAGAUAGUUGGAACGAGGUGCUCGAUAAAGAGUCGCAUCGAACGAACAAGAAACCCUUAAGACCAUCGUACUAUGUGCCGCAAAAACCAAAGAAAUCGAAUUUUUUGAAGUACUUUCCUGGAAACGGCAAGCCUCAUUCGUUCUACGUGAUCGAGAAAAAUAAAAGGGCUCACUAUCAUAGACUUUUACCUUAGAGGGCGUUAUUUUUUUUUGUUUUGUCGUGAGUUAAAGGAAAAGGAAAAAGAAAAGAGACUUUUGUGUGCAAUAAAAAAGGAAUAGAAAUAAAUAUAAAAGACGAUGUAUUUCGAUGUAAGUUUUUUUAGACUGAAAAAUGAUAGGUUAAUCGUAUUUUGUAUUAUUAUUAUUAUGAUUACUAGGGUUAGUUGUAUUUAAGUCAAUAUUAUUAUUGUUUUUUUUUAUAAUAAAAUCAUAUAUUUAUCAAAAAAAAUAGGUUUUACUAAUCUUACUCCAAAAAUUUUACCUAUUUUACUUAAUUAUAUAAAAUUAAUUAAUUAAGUACCUAUUGGAACCAAUCAA